CGCUCGCGUCGUGAGUGUCACUCUUGAUAACGAAGAGCUAGGCUCAGACAAUAGCAUGGCUGCGAAAAACAACACCAGCCCCGUGCAUGAAACACCACUGGGGCUGGACUAUCACUAUGGGCAAACAACUUCUACGAACAACAAGCGCGUGACCAGCGAAGCAACCGGUCAUGAUGUAGCCGGCGAGACGAGCAUCACGGACAGCACAGAGCUAGGAGGUAAAAACGGCACAGGGAUGAGCAACAUCAUGGGCACAGGACUAGACGAUCAUCGCCGAGUAAUGAAUGUCACUGAUGAAGAUGAAGAUGAAGACGAUCUAGCAAGCUCAGACAACAGCACAGCUGCAAUUGGUAAGGGGAUCAUCGUGAAUCACGAAGCACCACUAGAAGAGCAUGGGGAAGCAACUACUGCGAAGGGCCGCAUCGUCCUGGAAGAUAGCGCCAGUGCCCCUAAAGAUGAAGCAUUAUUGGAUGCGGCAACAGCUGCGAAGAUCGUGAACACCACAAAGGCGCUAGAAGAUGGAGCCGAGCUCAACGAAGACAAACUCCAAUCAGAUGGCCUCUGGUUACGGCAAUGGCUAGGCUGAAGUAGUUAGUAGCCUACUAGUUUCCACCGAAGAUAAGGAUGACAAUAAGUAAGGUUAUCACGACUAUCUCCUCACACUCGCUCCUCAUUCCUUUAGGAAUAGGAGCCAAGCUCAUCCAGUACCCUGCAACAUGACAUAGCUAAGAGCUUUAACCGAUCAUGUGACUGCUGUAGUUCAAAGUCUUUGAUGUCACGCAGCUCUAAACAAAGUCGUACUACUCGCGAUGGUGAUCUUAUGCGCUGUGAUGAUCCCCCUCUGGUUUGGGUGCUCUCCUGGCAAGAAUUUAGCCCGCUUGGUACGGAGACGCGCUUUGUUUGAGCGGGACGAGUGCGGGCCAACAAUGGCUAUCAACAACAACGUCUCUGGGGAGCAGGAAGAGCCUCUUUUGUUAAGGCGAAUAAGUCUACUGGUGGUAUUUAUAUCGAUAACUUCUGCAGGUGCAGCAUCGUGUGCUCUUGAAUGGUUCCGGUAUUUGGUACUAGCCUGAAUUUGGUCACAAGGAUUCUCUUCUUGUUUUCCCUUAUGAUCAAAAUCAGGUUUGUUAGCAAAUACCGGAACAAUUCAGCUCUAGUUUUGUUUUCACUUCUGCACUAGUUUUUUCUUGACCUGCGAUGACUCGUCCUUGCCACGGCUUAUUGCAAGGAUAACAGUUUUCGCUUAGAUGAAGCAGGAAUAUUCACAGGACUGGAACUGGAUAAUCCUCGUAAUGCCUAAAUAGACUGUACAGGAGUGCGUCGUGCUCGUGGUUCUGGUUGACAGACCAGAAGAAGCGAAGUCCUCUCUCGUUCAUUUUUACGGUCUGGCCAAAGUGAAGUAUUUAGUAAAAUUGUAGUCCUUGUGAUAGUUGCCCCCAAAAUGAAGUUGUCAAGUUCUUGUUCCCUGUGCUUGUAAGUAGUUGCUCUUGUUGUAUUGUGUGCACGAAGUCUAGGCUUUUGUUUUAGCACUAGAAAGAUGAGUGUGAGUUAGGAUUUAGUACAUCUUCUAAAAUCUCAAAACCACGAAGACGAACAAGAAGAGGAGGAAGAGGCACUUCUCUUGAACGAAACGAUAGAGAACGAACGCGGAGACUUGGUUCGGGUUGGAGACGGAGUUGCAGUUCACGACCCCUCACGGGAUUACAUUGGGAGACCCAUAUUACGUCUUGAGAGUCUGUUCACUUAUCGCUUGCAUAUGUAUAGAAAAUUUUUUGGCAUUUUUAACACUGUAGUACUAGUACGAGUACUACCUAGUUGUUCGUUGUCGAUGUCGUAUAAUACAGACAGCUGCGUGGUCGAUGUCGUAUAAUACACAGAAGGGAAGGUUAGUUGUACUAGAGCACUCACGCCUCCAUGAUGUUGGUUGGUUAGCGUUCUAACCUUAAGGGUGAAUCUGGCUGCCGCAGAAGAGAAAGAACUUCACUUCGGACUCGCUGAUACAUUCCUGGCCCAUGAAGAACAAGCUUCCAAGUUACUAACUUCUAGUGGCGAGAACGGUGUUGGGCAAGUGCAUCAACAAGGUCCAACUAGGGAUGAGCGAACUAAGCAAGGCGAUCAAGGUCCAACUACUAGUGGAGACAACAGCGAGCAAGGCAAUCAAGGGGACUAUGUCGAGAUGAACCAGUGGGUGAAGAAGUGAAAGAAAAAUAAAUAAGUACCUUUGGAUUUCGAAGUUGGUUGAUUAAGCUGUGAAAGUCGUAUUCUUAUUCUUAAUUACUGUCUUAGCAUAAGUGUAUUUUUAACGUGAUGGUUAAUCAUGAAUUAAACCAUUACAUCUUGUGUCUUGAUCUUGUUUUAGAUUUUGAUUUAGUAAAAGGUAAAGAGCUCAGCACUAACUUAGAAAAUGAUGUUGGUGCUGGAAACGGGCAAAUGUUUCACACACUGACUAUUCAGGAGGCCUGUGUUACAAACUGAUAGUAUUAUAAAUUGAAACAACAAGGCUGUUCUACUCUGUACUACUACUACCAACCAUGAAUAAAAGAAAAAGUUAUAUAUAAGAGUUACGACCGAGCCAAUAGCUGCAAGAUAGAAGAUGCUUCAAAAUUUAUGACUCUAUGUUAAGAAUUGAGAUCAUCAUGAUCGAGUAAAUUUAACAGGUUUCUCUGACAGGAUCUGCAAGAGUCCGAAAGCUGUCCUCCUAGUUACGUCUUUGGCCCUGCUGAUGUUGCGUGAUGGGUGCAUAGUGUUAAAACCGAAGUAGACCGUAUUUCUAGUACAUUGAGUGCGUAAUAAAUACAACAUUAUUUUUCGAUAUAUUCAUACUGAUUGAUUGAAAGGAUUUACCAGAAUUCGAUGACCAUCGAUGGC